GUUGCCUCCGACUGUUUUCGCUCUCUCUCUCUCUGUCUCGACAUCCAGCCUCGCCGGCAGCCUCACCGCAGGCGGGCCCUUGCCGGCCCAGCGCCUGAUCGCCCUCUACAGCCUGCUCUACAGCAUGGCCUCCGCUCCGCCGGGAUGUUACUUUUUGCUCGUCCUGGGCCAGCCCUGUGCCCAGGAGCACAAGGAUCAAAUCCUCCGCAAGGUUGAAAAAGGUCUCUUGUCGUGGGAUGUGGCAAGCACCAGGUGCGACCUGCAAGCCCUUGAAGCAGUAUGUUCUGGUCUUCAGGCCUCAAAGGAUAUUGAAAGUGAACUUCUCAUUCAGCACUCAACAGAAAACCUAGCAGUUGAAGUACUUCUCAAUCCGCAAGUAAAUACUCUGAAGCAAUGCCUAAAGAACUUGCUAGCUGCCAACGUUGGGCAUAAACAUGUGAUCCAUGCCGGGUAUGCAUUCACUGGUUCUGGAUCUUGGAUCCUACAAGAUGGAAGUUUUUCUUACGAUGACUUCCUGGACACUUUACAAGAUGCGGAAGUCCAAAAAGAGCUUCGGCGGCACCCUGGUUGCACCAUUCACAUUCAUUGUAUUCCUGAAGGACCAUGGGCGUCGCAAGACGACGAUUGUGGCACAACAACUCAACUACACGAAUCACUUCACUUCAACCCUCCUAGUACAGCAUCUGAAGUUCCUGGUUCCCAAGCAUUCCUGGAUUACUUGAACUGUGUUCUUCGAUUUCAACCUCUCACUGAAAUGAUGAAGUCGUCGCCAGUGGUGGGGAACAUUCGUUUUAACCGACCGACUUUGUACAUAUUCCCAGGUGGUCAAGGAGAUUGUGCUUUGUUUGGAGUCAGUGGAUUUACUAUGCUCAUUGAUGGCGGUUUUAAUCGCAAACCUUGCUUUUGGGAGUUCAUCAGACAUUUAGAUCGUUUAGACGCCAUUAUGAUCACCCGACUUAACGAGAAUAACGUAUGUGGUAUAACUAACGUCAUUCGUCGUAAAAAAGAAGGGAAACGAGUUUAUCCACAGGUUGGUUAUGUGUUCUGUAAUGUUGCUGAGGGUAAGCAGAGUCCCAUCAGUCCAGGAGCUUCAACUUCAGAAAGAGAUCCUUUACUCGUGAGUGUUAUUCGCGAAGGUCACGAGUUUAGCGAGAAUCUCCACCAACUGGGUCUAAAACCACAUCGAUGUCUUCGUGAUUCCCUUGUUGAGCCUUUAACACUUUUCCACAAAGUUGGGCAUGGAACAUUAGAAAUGUAUGUCUUAAGCCCUCCAAAAGACAGUAAAGAAAUGAAAAUGUUUUUUCAACAAUGGACUUCUUACAAAGAACACUUUAGUGUAAAAAGGACUGAUAGUGAAUUUCCAAUUCCUCUUUCUCAUGCCAUGUCAAUAUGUGCGUUGCUGGUUUGGAAGCCAGCAAACCCCGCUGAUACGAUAACAAGAGUUCUUCUGCCAGGAAGUGCUCCUCAAAAUAAAAUUUUUGAAGGUUUAGAACAUUUAAGGCACUUAGAUGAAUUAAAAUUCCGGACUUGUAGUCAAGUUUCAUUAGGUAUAAAAUACGAAGAACGAGUAAAGGUAAAAACUAGUAGGAAACAAAUUAUAAAAGCAUCUGUAGCUAAGAGAAAAACAGAAGUUCUUCGACCGUCCUCACCAGUCAAGGCGAUAAGGGACGCAGAGGAUUUAAAAGCGUUAAAGAAAAGAGCUGAGUCUCCGAUUAAAAGUUUCGGAUCUCCCAUAAGGAAAUUGAAAAAGACGACUAAAAAAGUAGAUGAAAAAAAGAGUACGUUUGUUGACGAAGUGACGAAAAAAACUGUGAAAGAAGUCAAAAUUGUUUCCAAGAAAGUCUCAAAAAAGAAGGUAAAAGAGCAGCAGGUUGUUGCUGAAGAAGAAAAAACUGAUGAAUCAAAAGAAAGAGAAAUUGAAAUUAUUUCUGUAGACGAAGAAACCUUACACGUUCAUCCAAAAGCUGACACCGAUGCAAAAAUAAGUGCUGUUGAAAAAGAAGAAAAAUAUCGUGAAGAGGUAAAGGAUUCGGGAGAAUUAAAAGACUAUCAAGAGGAUUCAAUAACAGAAGAUGCAAAAGAGAAAAGUACUAUUGAUGAAAAAUUAGAAAAAAUUAGCUCUGAAAGCAUACAGGCUGAAGAACCUUCUGGGGAAAAGAUAGAAGAUGAUUUAGCUGAUCCAAAUUUAAGUGAAGAGAAAAUAGCAAAAGAAAUAUCUGACACUGGUAAAAAAGCGGAAAUAGUAGAAUCAGCUGCUCUGACGGAAGACGAAACUAAAGAUGAGGGAGGUGUAGUUCUGGAACUCGAUAGACCUGAUAUAGAGGAAAAAGAUGCAACUAGUGAAGAACCAAAAAUAGAAGAACUGAAACCUGAGACGACAGAAGAUAUUAUUUCUACUGCUGAAAGCAAAAUUGUGUCUCCGGUGCAACAAUCAGCUGUCGAUGAAAAGAAACCGAAGGUAAAAACUGUAAAAAAAGAAAAAACAACAGAAAAAGUUUCAAAAAAAGUAAAAUCUACUUCAAAAAGCUCAAUAACUGCAAAAUCAUCAUUGAUAACUACUGGAGUUAGGGUACCCAAAACUAAACCUCGGAGGGAAUCCGAAGAACGCAAACCUUUAAUAAAGAAGCAAUCUGAAAAAGAGCCAAAAAUAAAAGCGCCAGCAAAAUUACCGAAGCCUACAUCAAAAACCAGUCCUGCCAGUCCGACUGAGUACACUGCCAAACCUGCAUCACCAGUUACAAAAAGUUUGAUAAAACCUACUGACUCAAAGAUUUCACGAGCAAGUAAAGAAGUAAAACCUCCAGAAGUAGUAAAAAUAUCUGCUCGUGUUGAAACUAAAGCAUCAAAAGCAGUGGCUGAAAUUAAAACAAAAGGUGUAAAGGAUGUUGCGAAUAAAAAAAUGGCAGAAAGUUUACUGCUCUCAAAACAGUCCGAUGCAACAAAAGCAAAGCCUCCGUCUACUCUUCCGAAGAGCCCUACCAAAAAGCCAAAAGAAAAGUCGCCAUUAAUAUCACCUAAAAAGAAACCUAAGGCGCCUGUUGCUCUAUCUUCCCGACCAUCCAAACCAUCCAAGGAUAAAACAAAGCCUAAACCUGUAAAGAGACCCGAAAAAUUGAAAGAAAUCAUUCCGUCCGAAGAAGAACCCAAAGCUGAAAUACAAGAAGCAGAGGGACCAAUUAAAAUAGAAAAAGAUUACAUUCCGUCCGAAAAAUCCAGUCCGAAUGAAGAAACCACCAAAGAAGAUAUUGUUCAUGCAGAAUCUCCAUCCAGUCCAAGAGAAGAAAGCGAAAAGAUUGCCGAGGAAGAAAAUAUUCCGUCCGCUGAGGCUUUUGUUGAUAAAGAACGAAUUUCAGAAGAGAAAAUGACUGAAACCGAAAUUGGCACUGAAGAAAAACAAAUAUCUCCUAAAACAGAUGAAGACAAACCUGUAUUUGACGAACAAAUGGUUGUGAAAGAAAUUGAAGCGGUGGAGGCUGCAGUUGAUGAACUCAUUGAAGGUAUGAGGACAGAAAUUCAAGACAAAGCUAAGGCGAUGGUAGACCUAAAAGAAAGUUUACCCGGCGAACCAGCUGAAGAAAUUCUAAGAAAACCAGAAUUAUUUGAUGAAACAAAAGCACCAUCAGAAAGAGAUGAGACCUUGUCUGAAAAAUCUACUUCCCUGGCGGAAGAACUUCCCGUUGGUAAAGCAGAAGAAAUGGAAAGUUCAUUGGAUGAGGGGUUAAUAAUUAAGCAAAUGAAAGAAUGUUUAACUCCUGAAGCAGAAACUGAAAUAGAGCUUCUCAUAAAAGAACUAAAGCUGAAAGGAGUAGAAUUAGAAGAUUAUGAAGAUGUCAUAGUCGAAACGAUAUGUGAAGAACUUCAUGCAAAAGGAAUAUCAUUAACAGUAGAGUUCCUUGUGAAAUAUAUUUCAGAAAAAAGAAUAGAACUCAUUACUAUUAUACAUAAAAAGUACAUUAUUAGCAAGAAAAUUGAGAAAGAAACAGCAGAAUACUCUGAAGAUGAACUAAGCGUAGAGGAACCAACUGGCGAAGAAGUCAAAGAAUUGAUUUCGGCUGAAACUAAGGAAAAUAUAUCUGUUAUUUUGAAAGAAUUGAACGAAAAAGGGGCUGUGAUUGAAGAUGGUGAAAACAUUGUUGUUAGAAUUGUAUGCGAUGAAUUAAAGAAGAAAAAUGUCAUAAUCACUGAAGAAUCAAUAACAAGCUAUAUAAUUGAACAUAAGAUAUAUAUAAUAAGCAUAUUAAUAAAAAUUUAUGAAGAGCAAUCGGUUACUGAAAAAGAAAUGGUUGCAUCAAAAGAACAGGAGUUACCACCUUUACAAGUGAAAGAACAGAUAUCUGAGGAAAUAAAACAAAAAGACCAAGUACCUAAAAGAACAGAUGAAGAAGAAAUUACUGACGCUCAUAAAAUUGAGUCAGCUGAAGAAAAGCUGAAAGAGAGAGAGCUUUUUGAUAAGGAAAUGAUGAAUCAAGUUUCGGACAUUUUAAAAGAGAUAUAUAACAAAAGAAUUUCUCUCGUAGAAGCUGAUCGAGAUUACGAAGAACUUAUAAUAGAAAUCAUAAUUGAUGAGUUAAAAAAAGCAAAUUCCAUCGUUUCAAAAGACUCUAUAUCAAAAUAUGUUAUUGAACAUAGAACUGCUAUAAUCAAUGUUUUACUCCAAAAAUACUCUAUACAAGUUGAAAAAGAAGAAGCGACAACUUUAGAAGAAACUACUGCAGAUGAAGACAAAGAACAGCGGGAAAUUCUUGAAAAACAGGAACUCUCAUUACCUCAAGAUGAAGAGAAAAUGAUAAGUAAAAAAGGAGAAGAGGAGGUUUCAUUAAAAGAAGAAAAAGAAGAAGUGUCACUCGUAGAAGAGGAGGAAAGGAGAAUAUCCUUGAAAGAAAAAGAAAUGAAAGACGUUACGGCCACAGAAGUAGAUGCAGAGGAAACACUUCCCAAAGACUUAAAAGAGUUAUUUUCUUCAGAAUCUAGAAAAGAAAUUACAUCAAUUUUAGAGGAAGCCUACAAACAAGGUGUUUCAAAAGAUAUAAAUGAAGAAACUAUUAUAGAAAUUGUAAUUGAAGAAAUGAAGAAGUCUAAACUCUCAAUAACUAAGGAAUUUGUAACAAAAUUCAUCGUUACAAACAGAAUUGUCAUACUCACAAUUAUUCUUGAAUGUUUCCAAACAGUAGAAGACUUGCAAGAAAAAGAAGCAACUCCAGUUAAAAGUGUGGAAAAAGAACAAAAAGCAUUGCAAAAAUCAUUGAAAGACGUUAUUGCCACAGAAGUAGAUGUAGAGGAAACACUUCCCGAAGAAAACUUAAAAGCAUUAUUUUCUUCGGAAUCUAGAAAAGAAAUGAUAUCAAUUUUAGAGGAAGUCUACAAACAAGGUGUUUCAAAAGAUAUAAAUGAAGAAGCUAUUAUAGAAAUUGUAAUUGAAGAAAUGAGGAAAUCUAAACUCUCAAUAACUAAGGAAUCUGUAACACAAUUUAUCGUUACAAACAGAAUUGUCAUACUCACAAUUAUUCUUGAAAGUUUCCAAACAGUGGAAGACCUGCAAGAAGCAACUGCCGUUAAAGGUGUGGAAAAAGAACAGGAAUCAUUGCUAGUGGAUGAAAAGGAAGACAAAGAAAUUUCUCCGAAAGAAAAUGAGAAAGAACUGUUAGAUGAGAAAAUGCCAGAAAUCGUAUCUGCAGAAACAAAGGAUAUGUUUUCGUCUGAAGCAAUGAAAACAGUUUCAUCAAUUUUAGAUGAACUGUAUCAGCAUGAAAUUUCAGCUGAUGUGAAUGAAGAAUCAAUUAUGGAAAUUGUUAUAGAGGAAAUGAAGAAAAAUAAGUUAUUAGUCACUAAAGAAUCUAUAACACAUUACCUUAUUGAAUACAGAAUAAUUUUAAUCAACAUUCUUUUUGAGAAGUUCUAUCCGGAGGGGAAAAUAGAGAGAAGAGAUGUCAUUGAAGCAGAAGAUGUUUCUAUAGAAAAGAAGACAGGAUCUAUAGUUUCUGGAAAAGAACACAUAGAGGCUCAAGAUGAGAAAAAAUCCCUUAUGAAAGAAGAAGAUCGGGAAAAAGAACUGGAGGUGACUAAGGAAGAAAUAGAAGAAAAAUCUUCAGAGGACGAAAAGGAAGCAGAUUCAGUAAAAGAGAAAGAACAACCUUUGGUAGAUGAAAAAGAAACGAUUCUAGAGAAAGAAAUGACAGAAGCUACUAAAGAAGAAAAGGGAAAUUUAAUUUCAUCCACCAAAAUCGGCACUCAGGAUGGAAAACGCUCUCCAGAAGACAGAGACACACUCAGACCAGAUCAAGAAGCAGAAGAAAAGGGAAUAGAUUAUGCACAAGAAAAAGCAGAAGAAAUAUCUUCGUAUGAAGUGGAAGAGCUGCAACGGGAAGCAAUAAGUGAGAAGGAGAGACAAGGAACUCAGCUAGAAGAAAGGGAAGAAAAAGUGGGUUCUGAAGAGGCAGAGACAGAAAAACCUACAGUAGAUGGAGAAGAGAAGGAAAGGUUGUCAGAUGACGAAAAAGAAACAGAGUUAUUGAAAACAAAAAUAGAAAAAGAAACAUCUCCCGUGCGGGAUACAGAGAAAGAAGUACCUCUCGAGAAGACUGCAGGAGAAGUAUCACCUGUAAAAGAAAUUGCCGAAGAAAUACCUCGCGAUAUGGAAAUAUCAGAACAAGUAUCUCAUAAAAAAGUUAUAGAAACAGAAAUGCUUCUCGUGAAGGAAAUAGAGGAAGAAAAAAAAGAUGUCAAAACAAUUAGUAAAGAAGAAACUAUUGAAAUAGAAAUAGCGCACGAAGUAUCUACCGUAAUCGAAGAAACAAAAAAUGCGCCUUCCGAAAAGGAAUUAGAAAAAGAAACAUCAAUUGAAAAGAAAAUAGAAAAAGAAGUAUCACCUGACAUAGAAGACAAAAUAGAGGUAUCUGCCAAAAUUGGAAUAUCAAAGGAGACACCUCCUGAAAAGGAAGUCGUAGGAGACCUAUCUCUCGAAAAAGAAAAGGAAAAAGAGGCAUCCCCUGUCACAGAGAUAAAAAAAGAAGAAACUUCCGUAGCGGAUAUAGGAAAAGAAAUAGCUCUCAAAACGGAAACAGUAAAAAAAGAAGAUCUCGGAAAGGAAAUUAAAGACGAAGCAUUAGACGAGGGAGAAAUCAAAAACGAAAAAGAAACAGACGUAGCUCUUGAAAAGGAAAAAGAGAUACAGAUAGCACCGAAAAAGGAAACUGAAAAAGACGCAUCAUCAGUAAAAGAAAUCACCAAAGGGGAAUCUCCCGAAAAAGAAGCAGAAAAAGUAAUACCUCCGGAAACGAAAGUAGCAAAAGAAGUAUCUUCCGAAAAAGAAAUAGCAAAAGAAUUACCUCUUGAAAGAGAAAUAGCAAGAGAAUUAUCUCCUGAAAGGGAAGUAUCACCUGUGAAAGAAACCGGAAAAGAAGCAAUUCCCGAAACAGAAAAAGCAAAAGAAGUAUCCCCCGAAAAGGAGACAGAAAAAGAAAUGCUGCUUGAAAAAGCGAACGGAAAACCACCUUUCGAUGAAAUUCAAAAAGAACUAUCUCCAGAAUUAGAAACAGCAAAGAAAGAAGCUCUUGAAAAGAUACAACACGUAGAAGAAUCUUUUCAGGAGAAAAAAGAAACAGAAAUAUCUUCUCAAAAAGAAAUGGGAAAAAAAAUAUCUCCUGUCAAAGAAAUAGGGAAAGAAAUAUCACCUGAAGAAAAAAUUGAAAGACCGAUGUCACUUGAAAUUGAUAUGGAAAAUGAAACAUCACCUGUCGAAGAAACCAGAAAAGAAGUAUCGGUCGAAGUGGCAAUAGCCAAAGAAGUAUCUUCCGAAAAGGAAGUAGCAAAGGAACGCACUCCAGAAAAGGAAAUAGCAAAAGAAGCCACUCCAGAAAAGAAAAAAGCAAAAAUAAUCACUCCAGAAAAAGAAAUCAUAACCGAAAUGGAAAUACAAAAAGAAGUCCCUCCGGAAAUGGAAAUCGCAAAAGAAGUCUUUCCCAAAAAGAAUGAAUCUACAAAAGUCACACCGGAGAAAAGGACAUCAAAAGAAGUAGUUUCCGAAAAGGAAAUGGCAAAAGGAGUAACUACCGAAAAGAAAAUAGAAAAGGAAGUCACACCAGAAAAGGAAAUAGCAAAAGAAGUCUCUUCCGAAAAGGGUAUACCAAAAGAAGUCACUACUGAAAAGGAAAUAGACAAACAAAUCUCUCCCGAAAAGGAAAUAGCAAAACAAGUUUCUCCCAAAAAGGAUGUAGCAAAAGAAGUUUCUCCCGGAAAGGAAAUAGCAAAAGAAGUCACACCUGAAAAGGAUAUAGAAAAAGAAGACACUCCAGAAAAGAAAAUAUAUAAAGAAGUCACCCGGGAAAGGGGGACAUCUCAAGUAGUUACACCAGAAAAGGAAAUAACAAAAGAAGUCACUUCCGAAAAGGAAAUAGUAAAAGAAAUAACACUCGAAAAAGAUAUAGCAAAAGAAGUCACACCAGAAAAGGAAAUGGCAACAGGAGUCGAUUCCAAAAAGGAAAGAGAAAAGGAAAUUCCACCCGAGAAGGAAAUAUCAAAAGAAUUCUCUCCCGAAAAAGAAAUAGAAAUACAAUUCACUCCCGAAAAAGAAAUAGUAAAAAAAGUCCCGCAAGAAAAGGGAAUAGCAGAAGUCACACCUCAAGAGGAAGUAGCAACAGAAGUCACUACCAAAAUGGAAAUCACUUUCGGAAAGGAAAUACUAAAGGAAGACUUUUCUAAAAUCAAAACAGCGAAGGAAGUCCCUCCUGAAGAGGAAACACCAAAAGAAUUCACUUCCGAAAAAGAAAUACCAAAAGAAGUUUCUCCCGAAAAGCAAAUGGAAAAGGAAAUCACACCAGGAAAGGAAAUAUCAAGAGAUGUCACUUCAGAAAAGAAAAUACUAAAAGAAAUCCCAGCGGAAAAGGAAAUAGUAAAACAAAUCACACCGGAAAAAGAAAUAGCAAAAGAAGUCUCUCACGAAGAGAAAAUAGUAAAAGCAUCGCCUGAAAAGGAAAAAACAACUGAAGCGACUGCCGGAAAAGAAAUAGCGAAAGAAAUGACAUCCGAAAAAGAAGUACCAAGGGAAGGAUAUCCUGAAAUGGAAGUAGCAAAAGAAGUCACUCCCGAAAAGGAAAUAGCAAAAGAAGUCACCCCUGAAAAGGAAAUAGCAAAAGAAGUCACUCCUGAAAAGGAAAUAGCAAAAGAAGGCACCCCCGAAAAGGAAAUAGCUAAAGAAGUCCCACCCGAAAAGGAAAUAUCAAAAGAUGACUCUUUCGAAAAAUACGUAGCAAUAGAAGUCUCACCCGAAAAGGAAAAAGAAAAAGAAAUCACACUCGGAAUGGAAAUAGAAAAAGAGGUAACUUCCAAAGUGAAAAUAGGAAAAGAGAUAACUCCCGAAAAGGAAAUAAUAAAAGAAGUCAAAUCCGAAAAGGAAGUACAAAAAAAAGUCAGUCCCGAAAAGGAAAUAGUAAAAGAAGUCACACCAGAAAACGAUAUAGAAAAGGAAGACACAACAGAAAAGAAAAUAUCUAAAGAAGUAACUCCGGAAAGAGAGAUAUUAAAAGAAGUCACACCUGGAAAGAAAAUAACAAAAGAAGUCAUCCCAGAAAAGGAAAUAUCUGAAGAAGUCUCUCCGGAAAAAGGGACACCAAAAGAAGUCACUCCUGAAAAGGGGACACCAAAAGAAGUCACUCCUGAAAAGGAAAUACCAAAAGAAGUCUCUCCUGAGAAGGAAAUACCAAAAGAAGUAACUCCUGAAAGGGAAAAAUCAAAAGAAGUUUCUCUCGAAAAAGAAACCGGAAAAGAAUUAGCUCCUGAAGAGGAAAUAGCGGAAGAAGACACUCCCGAAAAAGAAGUAGCAAAAGAAGUUACAUCCGAAAGGAAAAUGGCAGAAGAACUUACUCCUGAAAAGGAAAUAGCAAAAGGAUUCACACCUGAAAAGGAAACAGCCGAAGAAGCUACACCAGAAAGGGGGACAUCAAAGGAAGUCACUCCCCAAAAAGAAACGGCAAAAGAAGUCACUCCGGAAAAGGAUAAGACAAGAAGAAUCGCACCCGAAAAUGAAACGGAAAAGGAGGUCUUUCUUGAAAAGGAAAUAGCAGCAGAAGUAACCCCAGAAAAGAAAGUAGCAAAAGAAGUCUCUCCUAAGAAAGAAAUACCAAAAGAAAUGUCCUCCGAAAAGGAAAUAGCAAAAGAAGCUGCGCCUGAAAAGGAAAUAGUAAAAGAAGUCACUCCCGAAAAACAAAUUGCUAUAGAAGUAUCACUUGAAAAGGAAAUAACCAAAGAAGUAACUCCAGAAAAAGAAAAGGUGAAAGAAGUCCCAUCUGAAAAGGAAAUAGUAAAAGAUAUUACUCCUGAAAAUGAAAUAGCAAAAGAAGUUACUCCUCAAAAAGAAAUAGAUAAGGAAUUCACAUUGGAAAAGGAAGUACCAAAAGAAGUCACUUCCGGAAAGGAAAUAGCAAAAGGAGUCACUCCCGAAAAAGAAAUAGCACAAACAGUCUCGCAAGAAAAGGAAAUAGACAAAGAAGUGACUCCCGAAAAAGAAAUAGGAAAAGAAGUCACUCCCGAAAAGGAAACGGCAAAAGGAAUCUCUCCUGAAAAGGAAAUAGCAAAAGAAGUCACUCCAGGAAAAGAAAUAGCGAAAGCAGUCUCGCAAGAAAUGGAAAUAGACAAAGAAGUCACUAUUGAAAAGGAAAUAGUAAAAGUGUCUCUCGAAAAGGAGAUUUCAAAAGAAGUUGCUCCAGAAAAGGGAAUAGUAAAAAAAGUAUCUUCUGAAAAGGAAAAAACAAAAGACGUAACUCCGGAAAAAGAAAUGAUAACCGAACAGAUAAUACCAAAGGAAGAUACUCCUGAAACAGAAAUUGCAAAAGACGUUACUCCUGAAAAAUCAGCAACAAAAGAAGCCUCUCCCGCAAAGGAAAUAGCAAAAGAAGUCUCUCCCAAAAAGGAAAUGGCAAAAGAAAUAACACUCAAAAUGAAAGAAGCAGAAGAUAUCCCUCCCGAAAAGGGAUUUGCAAAAGAAGUCUGUCCCGAGAAGGAAAUCGUACAAGAAGGCACUCCUGAAAAGGAAAUACCGAAAGAAGUUACUCCCGAAAAUGAAAUAUUGAAAGAAGAGUCUCUCGAAAAGGAAGUGGCAAAAGAAGAAGCUCCUGAAAAGGAAAUAGUAAAAGAACUCACUCCCGAAAAGGAAGAAGCAAAAGAAGUCACACCCGAAAAGAAAAUGGCAAAAGAAGUUUCUCCCGAAAAGGAAAUAGCAAAAAAACUCACUCCCGAAAAGGAAGAAGCAAAAGAAGUUACACCAGAAAAGAAAAUGGCAAAAGACAUUUCGCUCGAAAAGGAAAUAGCAAAAGAAGUCACUCCAGAAAAGGAAAUAGCGAAAGAAGUCAUUCUCGAAAAAGAUAUAGACAAAGUGACUCCCGAAAACGAAAUAGCAAAAGAAGACACUCCCGAGAAGGAAAAAGCAAAAGAAAUCACUUCCGAAAAGGAAGCGGCAAAAGAAGUCACUCCCGAAAAGGAAAUGGCAAAAGGAGUCUCUCCAGAAAAGGAAAUAACGAAAGAAGUCACUACCGAAAAGGAAGCGACAAAAGAAGUCACUCCCAAAAAGGAAAUGGAAAAAGGAGUCUCUCCAGAAAAGGAAAUAGCAAAAGAAGUCACUCCCGAAAAGGAAGCGGCAAAAGAAUUCACUCCCGAAAAGGAAGUGACAAAAGAAGUCACUCCCGAAAAGGAAAUGGCAAAAGGAGUCUCUCCAGAAAAGGAAAUAGCAAAAGAAGUCACUCCCGAAAAGGAAGCGACAAAAGAAGUCACUCCCGAAAAGGAAAUGGCAAAAGGAGUCUCUCUAGGAAAGGAAAUAGCGAAAGAAGUCACUACCGAAAAGGAAGCGACAAAAGAAGUCACUCCCGAAAAGGAAAUGGCAAAAGGAGUCUUUUCAGAAAAGGAAAUAGCAAAAGAAGUCAUUCCCGAAAAGGAAGCGGCAAAAGAAGUCACUCCCGAAAAGGAAGCGACAAAAGAAGUCACUCCCGAAAAGGAAAUGGCAAAAGGAGUCUCUCCAGAAAAGGAAAUAGCAAAAGAAGUCACUCCCGAAAAGCAAGCGGCAAAAGAAGUCACUCCCGAAAAGGAAGCGACAAAAGAAGUCACUCCCGAAAAGGAAGCGGCAAUAGAAGUCACUCCUGAAAAGGAAGCGACAAAAGAAGUCACUCCCGAAAAGGAAAUGGCAAAAGGAGUCUUUCUAGAAAAGGAAAUAGCGAAAGAAGUCACUACCGAAAAGGAAGCGACAAAAGAAGUCACUCCCGAAAAGGAAAUGGAAAAAGGAGUCUUUUCAGAAAAGGAAAUAACAAAAGAAGUCAUUCCCGAAAAGGAAGCGGCAAAAGAAGUGACUUCCGAAAAGGAAGCGACAAAAGAAGUCACUCCCGAAAAGGAAAUGGCAAAAGGAGUCUUUUCAGAAAAGGAAAUAGCAAAAGAAGUCAAUUCCGAAAAGGAUGCGGCGAAAGAAGUCACUCCCGAAAAGGAAGCGACAAAAGAAGUCACUCCCGAAAAGGAAAUGGCAAAAGGAGUCUCUCCAGAAAAGGAAAUAGCAAAAGAAGUCACUCCCGAAAAGCAAGCGGCAAAAGAAGUCACUCCCGAAAAGGAAGCGGCAAUAGAAGUCACUCCUGAAAAGGAAGCGACAAAAGAAGUCACUCCCGAAAAGGAAAUGGCAAAAGGAGUCUCUCUAGAAAAGGAAAUAGCGAAAGAAGUCACUACCGAAAAGGAAGCGACAAAAGAAAUCACUCCCGAAAAGGAAAUGGCAAAAGGAGUCUCUCCAGAAAAGGAAAUAGCAAAAGAAGUCACUCCCGAAAAGCAAGCGGCUAAAGAAGUCGCUCCCGAAAAGGAAGCGGCAAAAGAAGACACUCCUGAAAAGGAAGCGACAAAAGAUGUCACUCUCGAGAAGGAAAUCGCAAGAGGAAUCACACCUGAGAAGGAAAUAUCUGAAAAAGUCACUCCGGAAAAGGAGACGUCAAAAGAAGUUACUCUCGAAAUGGAAAUGACAAAAGAAAUCACACCAGAAAUUGAAAUGGUAAAAGAGGUCUCUACCGUAAAGGAAAAAGCAGAAGUGACUACCGAAAAGAAAGUACCGAAACAAGUCUCGCCUGAAAAGGAAAUAGACAAAGAAGUGACUCCCGAAAAGGAAAUAGCAAAAGAAGUCACCCCCAAAAAGGAAGCGGCGAAAGAUGUCACUCUCGAAAAGGAAAUCGCAAAAGGAGUCACACCCGAGAAGGAUAUAUCUGAAGAAGUCAAUCCGGAAAAGGAGACAUCAAAAGAAGUUACUCUCGAAAAGGAAAUGACAAAAGAAAUCACGUCCGAAAUUGAAAUGGUAAAAGAGGUCUCUCCUGAAAAAGAAAGAGCAGAAGUGACUGCUGAAAAGAAAGUACUAAAAGAAAUCUCUCCUGAGAAAGAAAUAGCAAAAGAAGUUACUCUUGAAAAGGAAAUCGUAAAAGAAGUAUCUCCCGAAAAAGAAAUAGCAAAAGAAGUUACUCCUGAAACGGAAAUAGUGAAGGAGGUCACUCCUGAAAAGGAAAUAGUAAAGGAGGUCACUCCCGAAAAGGAAAUUGCAAAAGGAGUCGCACCCGAAAUGGAAUUAUCUAAAGUCACUCCAGAAAAGGGGAUAUCAAAAGAAGUUACUUCCGAAAAUGAACUACCAAAAGAAGUAACCCCGGAAAAAGAAACAGCAAAAGAAGUCGCAUCCGAGAAAGAAAGAGCAAAAGAAGUCGCAUCCGAAAAAGAAACAGCAAAAGAAGUCGCAUCCGAAAAAGAAACAGCAAAAGAAGUCGCAUCCGAAAAAGAAACACCAAUAGAAGUCGCAUCCGAAAAAGAAACAGCAAAAGAAGUCCCAUCCGGAAAAGAAACAGCCAAAGAUAUUGCUUCUGAAAAUGAAAUAGCAAACGAAGUUACUCCGCAAAAGAAAAUAGCUAAAGAAAUCACAUUCGAAAAGGAAGUACCAAAAGAAGUCACUCCGGAAAAGGGGAAAUCAAAAGAGGUAACUCCCGAAAAGGAAAUACCAAAAGAAGUUAUUCCCGAAAAGGAAAUAGAAAAAGAAGUGUCACCUGUGGGAGAAAUUGGAGAAGGAAUAGCUGUCGAAAUAAGAAAAGCAGAAGAACUAUUUCCUGAAACGGCAAUAAGAAAACAAACAACUCAUGAAGAGGAAAUUAAAAAAGAAUUAUCCAUUGUUGAAGAAAUUGGGAAAGGAUCAUCUCGAGAAAGCGAAAUAGCAAAAGACAUCUCUCCUGAAAAAGAAACAGAGGUGAAAAAAGUGAUAGCUUAUGGGGAUGAAAUAGACAGAGAAACACCACCGCUUAAAGAAAUUGAAAAGACAGAACCUACUUCAGAAAAAGAAUCAGAACAAGCAGAUGACGCAAAACUACAUGAAGAGUUGUUAAACAUGCUUUAUUCUCCAGAAGCAAAACUUGAAAUUGAUAGAAUAGUAAAACAGUUAAGCAGCGAAGAAGUUUAUUUUGGUAUCAUUAAUGAAGAUAUCAUACUUCAAUUAAUAGCUGAGGAGCUGAAGAAAAAGCGGGUAGAAUUGUCUGUAAAGAUAAUCAUUAAAUACAUUAUUGAAUACAGAGAAGAACUUCUUGUAAUUAUUAGGAAAAAAAUAAUGACAACUAAAGAAGAAGGUAAGAGCAAAGUACAAACAGGAGGCAAAAAGGAAAAACCACAAGACAUUUUGACUUUUGAUAACAUAAACGAAUACAUGUCUCCUGAAGCUCUAAACGUAAUUUGUACUUUGAUUAAAGAAAUUAAGUUACUAGAUGUGAGCGAGAAUGUUGAAAAUAUUGUGCUAGAAACUGUGUACGAUAAAAUAAAAGCAGAUGAGGUUGACUUAACAAAAGAGUCUGUUUCCAAAUAUAUUAUUCAAUAUCGUGUGCAAAUUAAUGAGUUGGUGCACGAAAGAUGCCUAGCAGAACUUGAUAAAUCUGAGUCAGAAGAAAUGUGCAAAGACCUAAUACAACAGGAAAAAAUAAGUGAGACUCAUGACGAUGUCGAAGAAAAGCAAAGAGUUUCGGAAGUAGUUACUCCUGAAGAUGAAUCAACUGGUAAAAUAGAGCAUAAGCGGGAUUUAGAGGUGAUGGAGAAAAGUGAUGAAGCUGAAGGAGAUAUAUUGGUCCCAUUCUUCACUAAGGCUGAAGUUUUAAAGCACUUCUCAACGGAAACUUAUGAACUAGUGCAGAGUUUAAUAAACGAAAUGAGCUCAGAACACAUUAACAAUGAUUUAUUGACAGAAUCUGUGAUUCAAGUACUUCAAGAAGAAAUGCCGAAGAAAGGAAUUAUAUUAAGCAAAGAAACUAUAAUUCAGUACAUUAUUGAGUAUCGCAUGUAUAUAAUGCAAAUUAUUUGUAAGAAACUAAAUUGCGAAUUAGUAGAAACAGAAGAAAAAGAGCUUAAAAUUAAAGACGAAGAGAAAAUUCUUAUUCCGAAAGAAAUGACAGCAGAAAAACCCGAGUCAUCACCAAUAAAAGAUGUCUUUGAAUCAAUAGAUAGCCAAAAAAGUACUAUCAUUUUGACACAAACUGAAAGUAAGGAAAGGAAAACUAUUGAAGAGACAAGUUUAGAUGUAAAAUAUCCAGUUUCUCAAGAAACAGAAAAAGUAACACUUGCCGAGCAAAAAACAAAAGAUCUCAGAACAGAUGACGUUGACGAACUACAAAAAAUAGAUACUGUAGGCAAGAUUGGUCUAUCUGAUCAAAAAAUAAUCGAAAAGGUAGAACAGGAAGUAACUGAAUCAACUGAAUCAUCCAAAGUAGAAAUUCCACAUGAAGUACUCCUCGCCCAAAAAGGUGAUGAAUUAGAAGCAUCUGUAGCUGAAACGAAGCCAAUCAGCCCUGUUGCGUCAAAGGAAGGUAUGGAAGACAUAAAAACUGAAAAGGAAAAAGAAACGCUUCAAAAACAGGUAGACAAAUUCGGUGACGAAACAACUUCGACAAGCGUAACAGAAUUGGAUGUUAAACAACCACCUGAAGACUUUUCUGAAGAAUUGGAAGAAGGAAAAGAUUUCUCAUUAGAAAAAACAUCUGUGGUGAUCGAAACUGAACGAAAACCUCAAGAAAAAACUCCAGUCACAGAUGAAAAGACAGAUUUUAGCAAAAAAUUAGAAACUACAACACCAGGAAAGAAAGGUGAAAUUUCACCAGUCGAAGCAACGGAAGGUAUAGCUGAAGAGUUAUGUGACGGCAGUAAAGUCAAAAAGUUCUAUACUUUGCAAGUGAAAAACAUUGUUUCUGGUAUUUUAUCUGAAGUGACAACUGAAACCAUUUCUUCAUCGAAAAAAGAGAAUUUAAUUCUUAAAAUUAUAGAGGAAGAAAUGCAUAAAAAAGGAUUGAGUAUAACAAGAGAAUCAAUCCUUCAUUUUGUUAUUGAGUACCGGAAGACCAUCAUAAAUCUUCUUACAGAAAAAAUUCUUACUUGUGAAGAAAAUAGUCUAGGAAGUGGAAGUUCUCACGCAUUGGAACAAGAUGAGGGACAAAUGCCAUGUGUUUCUGAAAUUGAAACCAAAGUUGCUCCUGGUAUUGAAGUAAAAACCGAGACUCAAAUAGAGAAAGAAAUCAAAACCGAUACAGACGAAAAAGAGAAAAAACUGAAAAUAAAGGAAGAUCUUUCUGUAAAGAAAGAGAAAACAGAAGAAAAAGAUUCCGCAAAAGAAGCAUUGCCAUUAGAACAAAAGAUUGAAGAAAAUUUAUUAUCCCCUUUAAAGGAUGAAAUGGAUGAUGUGCAAAUAUUUUCUGACGCAACUUCAUCGCAAAGUAUAUCAGAAAAAAGAGCAGUUUUUGAAAUUUCUGAAAAAAGUUUAUUAUUAGAGACAGAAAAGAAGGAUGAAGAGAAAGAAUUAAUAAAAGCAAAAGGAAAAGAGGAUGAUGAUAAAUACCAGCCUUCGACAACGAUGGAAAAGGUAUCGGAAAAAAUUCCAACCCCAUCAGUGGACACAGAGAAAGAACAUGAGAAACUUCCUACAGAUGAGCAUGAAGAGCAGGAUGAAAAGCUUCGUCAACUUGAAAGAGUGGAGGAAAUAAUAACGCUAGAAAAAGUUACCAUUUCUACUGUCGAAGGGAUAACACCUGAUGAAACUGAAACUACACAGUCUAAAACCAACAGAAAAGCUUCAAUUUCAUCAGAAAAAGAAACGGAGAUUUCUGCCCUUCAAGAAAAAGCAGAAAUUGUUGAUUCCAGAUUAGACAGUAAAAUUUCUCCAGCUGUUGAUUUGAUUGUGGAAACAAGUGCAAAAGACACUUCAAUUAAGAAUAAAUCUGCAAGCUCGUCUAUAAAAUCGGCCAAAGAAUCAUUUUCAACAAAAGAAGUAACAGAAGAGGAGGAAAAAAUAUCCCCUGUGAAAGAUUUGGUGAAAUAUUUCACAAAAGAAAUAGAAAAAGAAUCGCCAUCUGAAGCACAACCUUCCUCAGAAACGAGCCCAAUUAGUGCUAGUAAAGAUCUCUCACCUGAAAAGAAAGAAACUUAUGCUUCUGAAUUAGACGGGGAAAAACAUAUUGAGGCUAAAGUCAUGAAGCAAACUGAAACUUCCUCCAAAGUAUCAGUAUCAGAUCAAGCUGUAGUUUCCAAAUCUAUAACAGCUUCUACGCCAGAAGCUCAAGAAGUGGACGUGGGUAAACUUAAGAAGUAUUUAAUGCCCGAAACUGAGAAGUUAAUAUACAAUAUAUCACAGAGAUUUGUUUCUAGUCAAUCAACUAUUCAAGAAAUUUUCAUAUUUAUCAUAGAAUAUGUCUGUGAACAACUGUAUAGAACGGAAGUAUUAGUAACGAAAGAGAAAGUUUUGAAUUACGUUAAAACUAAUGCAACUGAUAUAGAAAAACAUUUGACAGCAACAUUCUCAGAGGAAGAAAAAGAAAUAGAUGAUGAAUUAACAGAAAGUUCUAACAUAAUUGAGGAACAUUUGACUCAAGAAAUUUCGGAAGAAAUUGAUUCAAUGAUUCAAGAAAUAGGAGUUGAAGGCAUUCCCGUGGAAGAAUGUAGAUUUGUCAUUUAUCAAAUUAUUUACGAAGAAAUGAAAAGAAAAAAUGUUGUCCCUGAUAAAAUUACUAUUCUGAAAUUUGUUAUCGAGUACAGGAUUGAAAUUAUUAAAAUUGCAUGUGAGAGGUAUUCAGAAAUUAUUUCUAUUGCAAAGAAAAGUUCUAAAUCAUCAUAUGAAACUGAGAGGAAAUCAGAAAUAAUUUCUAAAACAGAAACAUUUUAUAAAGUUCAAUAUGAAGAAGAAGAAAUUUCGCCAAUUGCAGAAAGUGUUAUUGGGGAAGAAGCUUCAAUUCCAGACGCAUCUCCGUCUGAUGAAGAAACAACAGACGAUAUACUUUUUAAGAAAAUGACAAAAGAUAGUAUAACGAAGCAUACAGUAGAACGAGUUGAUCUUCCAAAAGUAUCUUCAACACAAACAGUUUUGGAUGAGAGGAUCGUUAGCGAAGAAAAAAUUGAUACCACAACGCGUAAGAACGUUUAUGAAAAACCUGAAGCUGUACAAGUAUUUAGACAUAUCUUUGCCGAAACUGUAGUAGAAGACGAAACAGAUACAGUUCCUGAAUCUAGUUCCAUAUCUGAAGAAGCCACUGGAUCUGACACUUUCAGUAGGAAAGAAGGUUCUGGGGAAAAAGAAGAAAUUGAUGAAGAGAUCUCUCCCACUGGAAAACGAAAACUUAUGUAUGUAGAAGUUGAAGUGGAGGAAUCGGCAAGUUUGAGUGCAGAUGCAUCACCAGAUUCUGAUUUUCCUGAAAUACCAUAUGAAGAAGAGAAUAAGGAAAAAGAAGAUGAAAUUGAGGAUUCUGAAGUUGGAGGACGAAUGUAUACAGAAACAAUUGAAAAACAAACAUUUAGGGAGUUUUCACAAACGGAAAUCAAAAAAGAAACUGUAACUUUGGAGACGGAUGCGAAAACGAAGGCCACAUACGUAGAAGUUGAGAUAGAAGAAUCUGCCACAUCUUCCAGUGCAUCAGGUGAAAGCGAAAAAUCCCCCGAUGAAAGAAAAACGGACACUGUCAAAAGCAUCGUUAUCGAGUCAUCUGAGAUCCAAACAGACCGAACACAUAAAGACUAUGAAGUGCAGCAAAAAGUUUCAACUGAAAGAACUUCCGUUCAGACGACUAUUCAAUCAGAGCUUUCAAGUAGUCAAACGGAAACAUUGGAAAAAGGAGCAAGCAUGCACGAGGAAACUAUAAAAGUACAUGGGGAUGAAGAAUCUGUAACAAAAACAUCGAAAGUGACAGAAGUUUUAGUAGCAGACACAACGGAAGAAAUAAGAGAGGAAACGGUGUCAAAAACUAUAAGUGAAGGCAAAGUCACUUCAGAAAGUUCUAUGGUAAGCAAGAAAACUGAUAGGCAAGAUUCUAAAGAAACAAAAUCAGAAACACGAGAGUUUACUACCCCAACUUCAAGUACAAUGUCAAGUAAAGAAACGUUAGAAAUAACUGAACAGAUAUCUUCAGAUUCAAGUUCUCAAAUUAAAGUCACGACACUUAGUGAAAUUUUUUGUGAAGAAGAUAAAGUAAAGGAAUCUUUCAUUUCAUCUGGUGAUGCGCACUGCGAAGUCGUAACGAAAACAAAGUCAAAAACAGAUGACGAUUUUGAAAUAAUUGAAACUGUUGUGGAAACAAAAACAACAGAAGGAAAGGAAGCGCCGACUGAUGAACUUGAUGAUUUAGUACGAGACAUAUCAACGGGUAAAGAAGCAAUAAGUGCAUCCAUUAGCUUAACAACUGAACAAAAAUCAGUUAUAGAAAGAUCAAAAUCUCCCACUAUUUUUGUAACCAUGCAUACACAAGAAACUGACUUCGCAUAUGAAAGCUCUGACUCUGAGACAGCCAGUAAUACGAAAAGUGCUAUUAUUGCAGAAGAUAAAGUUUCAGAAGAAAUAUCUGAAACAAUUACUUCUAUUAUAAAAACUACUUCACACGAUGAAAGUAUUUCAUCUGUUACCCUUGACAAAGAAACCGAAGAAGCUAAAUGCGCAGAAGAGGAAACAUAUGAUGAAAUAGUUACAACUGUCCUAAAAACUACUUCACAUGAUGCUAGUAUUUCACCUGUUUCAUUCGCAUCAGAUGAGGAAGAUAGUAAAAUUGUACAAGAGGAAGUAGGAGGUUCUAUUGUUGCUGAUGAAAUUUCUGAACCUGUGAAAGAAGUUAUCGACACUGUAACUCCUACCAAGACAGUUGAUUCUGAAGAUCGAACUUUAAGUAAAUUGCUGAAAUGUACCGAAGAUCAAGUUGCUGAAAAAGUACAGGAGUACGUUAGUUCCAAAGUUGUUCAAAUAGCUACAGAAGUCAAACAAAGUGAAGAUGAAGUAAGAGAUUUUGACGACGGUCACGAUCAAUCUCAUGUCACAUCUGAAGUUAGUUUCCUGGAUGAUGGGUCCCAAGUUACUAAAAUAACUAAAACUACAACCAAAACGAUAGUUUCCUCACCAGAAACAAUUAGUAAAGAAUUUACUGAUUAUAAUUUACCAGACUCGAGCAAAGAAUCUGUUGUUACUGAGAAAGUUACCAUGAGUGACGAUGGAAAAACAAUUACAGAAACUGUUAUAACAAGAACCACAACGAAAGUGAUAAUGCAUGAAGCAGAUGGUGAUUCAGAUGAAAUUAAGCAGAGUCAGCCAACUUCGGCUGUUCAGCAUUCUGAAGAAACGACGGGAGUGAAAUCCGAUGCUUCUUCUGAAGAAAAUCUUAAACUUGCUGAAACGUCACCGGUGAUUCUAAAAUCGAAGACCGAGUUAGUUUUACAAGAUGAAAUUGAAGCCAAGCAUAUUUCUUUGGAAUUGGGAGCUGAAGAACGUAAAGAAAAAAUUGAAGAUGACUCCAAAUUAAAGUUUGAGGACACGUGUGAAUCCACUCCUGAAGAAAGACAGAGAUCCCAAAUAGAUUCAAAGACUGAGUCUGCUGAAAUUGUAAGUUAUAAAAUUUCAAGCGAAAUUAGUUCAGACUUAGAAAAGACCAUAGAAAUACUUGAAGAUACCAAAGUAGAUCAAUUCUCCACCAAAACUGAAAUCAAAGAAGUGGUUAUGAAAUCAUCAGAAAACGAGGAAAUAGCUGUAGGAAAGUGUACCUCAGAUACUGAUGAAUUCAUGAUGAGUAGUGAGGAACACCUAGAACAUGCUGAUUCUAGAACUGAUUCCAAAAGCUCUGAAACGGUAAGAACAAUUACAAUCUCAGAAAUACUUACCGCGGAAAAGGAAAACGCAGACAUGGAAAUGAUGGAAAGUACGUCUGAAGAAAGUACAUCUAAAUCCUCCAUCUCAACAAAAACUGUUGUGACAGCUGAUGGAUCACGCAAAAUCGAAAAAGCAACAGAAAUUAUAACACUGAAAGAAACCGACAUACAACCUAUUCAAGCUGAUUCAACCAGAACUCAGUGUGACCCUAAAGAAAAUGAGUUUGCUGAAGUUAUAACAGAGGAUGUUAGAGACUCGAUAUCAGGAACAGUUAGCUCAACGGUCGCGACGAAGCAACAUGAGCAACAGGACUUAAAAUCUCAAACAAAAGAUCCAAUUCAGUUUUCUGAAGCAAUUGUAGUUUCAUCUACAAGAGAAGUGGUACCUGAGGAAUACUCAGAUGAAAUGCAUACGGAAUGCACAUUAAUCAAACGAAGUACAUCUUCAGAUGAGAAGACAGAAGAAAUGGUAUCGAAAGAAGUAAGUGAAACGAGCUCAGAAAUACGAAAAUAUACUUCCAAGCAAUAUGAAGUGAACUUCAUCGACCCGGUUACUAAAGACGAUGGUGAUCUGGAGAUUUUCACGUCACAAAUAAAAUCUACACCUGAAGAAGAUGAAGAUUUUACGACAAGAAAAAUAAUAACAACCACGAAAACUGAAACGAUUAGAACAUUCUCUGGUGAUACAGAAGUUGUGCCCAGUCAGCAAGAUGCUGGAGAUAGUUCAGUUGUCACUGUAACAUACACAGUUACUAAAGACGGGUCAAACAUUUCUGAAUCUGUUUCUAAAGCAAUAUCAAAAGAUGUGGAAGUUAAACUGGAUGGUAAGGAGUCCGAUUUUCCUUCUGUAACGAAAAUAUGCGAUGAUGAUUCAGAAGAACAUAAAGAAGGUGAAAGAGAAACGGAAGUAUUUUCCGUAGUAAAGGAUGAAACGACUGUAAAGGAUAAGAGCACUAAAGUUCUAAAAGAUAUACACAGCUCAACAACAGAUGAUCAUGGUGAAAGUCCAAUUAGAUCUUCGUUUACUUCGGAUGGCAUUGAAAUAGAAGAAUCACCAAGGCGGAAGAAAAAAAUUGUUAAGAAGAAAAUCAUAGUGUACCACACAGGUCCUGAAACAUCAGCUGAAGAAUUCCUCACAGAAGACAAAAUUCGAGAAGCUAUUAUUGGGGCAGGCGUGAAAGCAUCAUCAACAUCUGUAACGCGAAUUUUAUCAUCCGGAACAACAGAAGAUUUCGAUAGUUUUGCUGGAGACGAAAAUGUUAUCGAAGUAAAAGAUACUAGUGAAAUUUUUUCUGUUAGUGAUGUGUAUUCAAGUCAAAGUUCAUCAACGAAAGUCGAAUCAUCCUGUGAAAAAUUAGAACAGUUAGAAAUCGAUCCAUUUUCCCUAAUAACCAGACCUCUUGAGGAAACAUUUAGAAAGAAAAUGCUGGAUCAACAAUUUAGUGAACAAAUCACUGAAUCUAGAUCGACAGAUGCAAAAGAAGUAGGAGAAUAUUCAAAAGAAAGACUUCAAGAAUCCAUAAAAGAAAAAGAUACUGAUACCAGCAGUUUGGACUUCAAAGAGAAAAAAGUGGCGACGGAUGCAAAGAAAUUAGCUAUGGAAAUGAUGAGGUCAACAACGGAAAAGGGUGAGCCGUCUGGUGCUACAGCUUCUCAACAAAGUGAAACUCACAGCAUGUCAACAGACAGCGUUGAGAGGCGGACAUCGGGAUCAGUUAGGCAUCAAGGCGAUUCAGAUGACUCAGAAUCUGAUGAAACUGAACAAAAGCGUGUGAAAACUUCCUUUAAUCUUGACGAUUGGGACAAACCAAUGGGCCUCCCAUCCCCACCUGACCCUAUAGAAAUUGGUCAAAACACAGAUUUCCACAUUAGAGAAAGCACAACGAAAACCAACAAACAAAACGGUAGCUACGUAGAAAAUAAAUCUCAGAAAACCGGAAACGGUAUUAAAGACAUAUCUUCAAGGGAGUCAGAUGAAGAAAUCAAAUCUAACAAGGAUUCGGAUUCCGUAACAGGAAAAGAUGGAGAAAGUCAGUGGAAAUCAAGUAAUAAAAGCGAAGAAAAAAGUACAGAACCUGUUUAUAUAGAUUUAACCUAUGUUCCUCACUUCGGAGACCCACAUUAUUGUAAUGCGGAUUUCUUCAGACGCAUUAGAUCUCGUUAUUAUGUUUUCAGUGGAACAAAGCCAAGUAAAGAAGUUUUCAAUGCUUUAUUAGAGGCCAAGCAAGAAUGGAAAGACAAAGAUGCUAAAGUGACAAUUAUACCAACAUAUGAAACUGAUACGUUAGGAUAUUGGAUGGCUGUUAACCACGAUGCGUUGAUAGAUAAUAACAUCGAUGUUGCUCCAUCAGCAAGCCGGUGUACCAUCAAUUUGCAAGACCAUGAAACUAGUUGCUCAGCUUAUCGGUUGGAGUUGUAA